CGACAUCUGUACUAUUUGAAUUCGCACCACUUUGGGACAAAACCAAGACGACUACCGACACUAUUCACCCUGUAUGGCAUACCCUUUGUUCCAAGAACCCCGGCUUGCCAGCAGCACCAUCAGGCUUGUCAGGAACGAUCGAGGCGUCGAUAAACGAGUACAGCACCAACCUCAACAACAUGUGGGCGAGCGACAAGAUUUUUAAAGCAGCCCUACAUCAUCUGACAUUGGAUCUGUUGCGCAUCAACUUGGCGACAAAAAAAGAGAAGGAGAACGUCGAAAAGGCCGAAAAACUUGUCAAGGAUGCGCGGGAGCGUGAGGAAAAAAACAGAAAUACACCAAUCAAGUAUACUAUCCUACAACUGCGGUCUAAGCAACGCCACGAGUGCCGGCAGAUAGCGAAGCACCUACAAUUAGAAAGUCAAUAUCCAGAACAAACAGAAAAAUUUGCUCAACGAAUUAAAGCAUGUAUGCAUCGGUUAGACAAGAUCGUCACCCAGUUGAAGGAGAAGGUAUGUUUCUUUCGAAAUGGACUGUAUGUAGAGUGAAUUCUACCAGCAGGUGUAUCCUAAUAUCGCCAUUGUUGAGUUGCUUUAUAGAAAGCCCCUGUUGGAGAAAGCAUUGAACCAGAGGAGGAGGAGGGACCUAAAAUAAAAGAUGACCAAACCAGCCUUGCUUUUGGUGAUGAGACUGU